AUGAGGCAGCACAAGCAGGUUUCAGUCCUUAACCGGCGACCCACCGUCCUUUAUCUGGUGUUCGCUGCGGCAUUGUUCUCUUUCCUCCUCUUUUACAUCCAAUCCUCUUUCUUUGCUGGCUCCGUCUCUUCGGAUCGCGACUCCGAAAUGAUCCGGGUCUUGUCUAACUUUCAGUCCAGUGUUCAGCAAUGUGUGGAUAACAGGGGUCUAGGACUCACUGCUCAUAUCAUUGACCAUUGUAAAUUGAUCCUUAAAUACCCUGAAGGUACCAACAGCACUUGGUACAAUGCACAGUUUAAGAAAUUUGAGCCGUUGGAGUACAGUUAUGAUGUGUGUGAGGCAAUCCUGUUGUGGGAACAGUAUCGGAACAUGACAACUGUGUUGACCAGAGAGUAUCUUGAUUCUCGACCUGGUGGUUGGGUGGAUUACGCUCCACAAAGGAUAGCACAGUUGGGGACAAAGAAGUGCACUAACAAGACUCUUUGCGAAGAGAACCUCAAUGUGUUAUUACCUGCAAAGCCCCCAUUUCACCCACGGCAGUUUCGAACAUGUGCUGUUGUUGGGAAUUCUGGAGACCUUCUGAAGACCGAAUUCGGCAAAGAAAUUGAUAGUCAUGAUGCUGUUUUUCGAGACAAUGAGGCCCCUGUUAAUGAGAAAUAUGCCAAAUAUGUUGGUCUUAAGAGGGAUUUCCGACUAGUUGUAAGAGGUGCUGCUCGUAACAUGGUCCCUAUUCUGAACGGAUCUGACAAUGAAGUUCUCAUAAUCAAAAGUCUGACACACAGAGAAAUCAAUGCAGUUAUAAAGACCAUACCCAAUCCAGUCUAUCUUUUCCAAGGAAUUGUACUUCGUCGAGGUGCCAAAGGAACUGGGAUGAAAUCUAUUGAGUUAGCGCUCUCUAUGUGUGAUAUAGUUGAUAUAUAUGGAUUCACUGUUGAUCCAGGAUACACGGAAUGGACAAGAUACUUCUCUAAGCCUAGGAAGGGACACAAUCCACUUCAAGGAAGAGCAUAUUACCAACUUUUAGAAUGUCUUGGGGUAAUCAGGAUUCACUCCCCUAUGAGAUCUAAGAGGAGAGAAGACUGGUCAGAUAUACCUAGUAGAGAAAUGAUAACACAAGCACAUGCAGCAGCUUUGCGCUUGAAAAAGAAUCAAGGUCAGAGUGAUGAUUUAGGGCAGUUUGGCAAUUGUAAUGUGUGGGGCAAUGUGGAUCCAGAUAACAGUGGCCCUGUCUCAGGAUCACCAGACAUGAGUGAUGUCAGGAAAUAUUCAAAUUAUAAUAAAUGGGAAGUCAUGCCUUUUGAGAGUUUGAGGAGAGAAGCACAGGAUCAUUAUAACCAGAUGCAAGGAGUCUCUCUGUAUAAAAUGGAUGGCAAUAGGUUGGAUGAUCUAGUAUGUGUGAGACAUUCCUUAAAAUCUGAAGCCUAA